AUGCCUAGCAAGCGUUACCAAAACACACGGCGCGGAAAUCAAACGCGCAAAGUCUGCUCAUCCGGAGCUUCAUUACCAUCGACAGUGGCGACGGCCGUUAGUUCGCAUGGAUUGGCCUCGUACGAGACACUGCUCGCCAACCUGCCUGAAGAUAUGCGCAUCUCGAAGCUACUACGCCGGUUAGCGGCCGAGGAGAAUCCAUUUGGUUGUCGAGAGCUGUGUGAUAAACUGGAGGUGGUGAUAGUGGACAACGCAAACAGUGCAUAUGUGCGAAAAUCUUUCGAUCUACUUGCUAACACUAUUUUCUCUGUGCUCCAAACCUGUCCGAGCGAGUGCCAAGACCGUGUUGCCUCCCUUUUUGGUUUGAUGCUAUUUGUUAUGCUGCGUGAUUCGACCAACGGUACAACGUUAAGCGAUUGGAGCAAGCGCUACCUGUGUAAAUCAAAGCGCCAUCGGCAAGUGAACCUGGUAGCGUUGCGGCAGGCCGUGCGACUGGACCGCACGCAGUCACAGUUGGGUGGAAGCGUUGAACAACUGAUUCUCCUGUUACAAGAGCUGCUCGAGUUGCCUGAUAUCGGCGUGGAUAUGUUUAUACUCAUAGCCGACAUUCUGAUAGAGUUGGCAAUCAACUACACAGAACAGUUCGAGUCGCACUUUAGCGAUGUUGUUGACAUAGUGGUCGGUUGGCUGCUGGAGAACAACCAGAAAACAGUGGUGAAGCUACAUUGUAUACGAGUUCUGUUUGCAUUUCAACCUAUCUGGAGUCAGCAGCGCGAGGUUACACUCAGCUUGAUCGAACAGUUUUUAGAGGACAUCGGAAGCUGCUGUGAUGAGAUUGAGUUGAAUAACCAAGAAGAACUUCACACAACGAAUCGAAUUUUCGGAGCGCUACUAACCGCAUUUAACAGUGUGCUAAAGUGUCUGCAUUUUGCCGAUGGGCCGAGACUUAGUGAGACGUACAGAGUUGACGAUCCAUGGGCGCAUUUCGAAGAUCACUGCGCAAUUGUUCUUCCGGUUGCGGAGAAGAUUCUUGAGUCGGGUCCGCCAUCUCACCUAGAACUCGAUGCCAUCUGUGAGUUUACAAUGUUGAUGUUGGCGGUAACUGAGACCACCGCAGUAAUGGAGGAAGACAGUAGACAGUCACCAGCAACGUUAAUAUACUAUGUAGUAGAGCUGCUGUUGCGUCACCUUGAUGCGUACAGUGAUCAACAGCUCUCUUGCGUGAUAUAUUUGUUGAUACAGAUCGUUGAAUCGUCCAUCGUCGACCAGAGCAAACGGCACACGAGCAUACAGUCGUUGGUGGAGUCUAUGUUCGAUCCGACCGGGGCUUUCUAUCGCAUUCGAUAUCGACACAAUGAAACGGUGCGCCGCGGUCUGCUGGUGCUCUAUCAUAAGAUUCUGAUGAUCAAGAACGGCAUGAUUUUGCAAUGUGUCUACCGAUCUUUGUUGGCGGAUCUGAACGACGCGUUGGGAUGUUUGCGUCAGGCGCUACCAAAUACUAACCUUCCGCAGUAUCACAUAAGUUUAAAUCUGCUUAUUUUGUCACCGCUAGCUAUGACUCGCAAUUCAGUAUUUAUCACGUGGACCCUUGCAGCACAACCGGUGCUGUGCGUGUUACUAGAGCUGCUGGAACCGCUCAACAUGCAGCUAUGGGCUGGCUGCGGUGAGCUGCGGUAUGCAGUCGUGCAGCUUGCCUACCAGCACGCCAACGCAAGUAAUCACUUCAUCGUGAACAGCAAUCUACUUUUAGCGACUUUAUACCGUGGAAACGCCAUAGCCGAUCGAUUGGGUGAUAGUCCAAGUCCAACAGCAGAGCAUUUUCUCCUGAUUUUGCGCUUUCUGCGUGCCUUCGUAGCACAACACACCGAUGACUGGUUACGAACCCAGCCCCUGCCAGAGGCGCACGUUGAGCGACUACUGAUUUUAACACUUGACUGGUGCGCAGAGAUUUUUACGCAAACAGAGCGGUACUACGACGUGCUGGCGGGGUGUGAUGAAUUUGGUCGGCUACUGGUGCAGGUGUGCGUGCUCAGCGUCGGUUGGGGUACUCUAAGUGCGCCAGUGGGGCUGAGGUGUGCCGAUUGCCUCGAUCUUGUUUGCCUAUACGUCUCCCUACCAUCUGCUGUGUAUCAGGCGAUUGCGGAAACGUGCUGUGUGCAGAUGUGCUCGGUGUACAGUGAGCUGCGCACACGCUACACGGUGGUAUUUUCGAAACUCCCGCUAUGCCAUUCGCUACGUCAGGUUAACAACUUUACUGGCACCAACCGACAACGACGCGAAGAAAUUCGCGAGCUAAAGAGUGUCUACUUGGGCACUAACACAUUGCCGACGGCGGUACUGCGGAUGGGCGACUUUAGCCAGCUGCUUAAUCAAAUCGCGUUCACUUGGGACGGUGCGUAUUGCGGUGAUUUUCUGCACGAGCUUCUCACCAAGUCGUACGGCGAACAGUCGACGUACGAAGCUAUGGCUGUGCGGGAUCUGCGCUGUUUGAUACCAUGGGCCCAGUGGGAGGCGGCACAGCUAUGUGUGAACAGUAAGCUACGCUCGCCGUUUGGAAAACCACAGGAAACUUUCUUACGCAUAGAGUCGAUUGUGAAGCAGAACGCACGAAUUCUUGCACUUACUGACCACUUCGAGGUGCGGGGCGUCAAGACGUCGGCCGCCAAUCAACGUCACGCUCGCAUUUUGCUCGGAUUUCUUGAGGCUCUUGAGAAAGCGAUUUACAACGCAUCGGCCGGAACUGCAUUCGCAUUGCCGGACCCGGAGAAACCCGUUCGAAUCUUUUUCCGCACGAACGCUUCGACGUGCGGUGAAUGGUUCAACCGUAUCAGGACAGCAGUCGAUCUGGUUGCGCUUCACUGUAUGGAACCGGAGAUGGUAAUUCGAUACUCGGAGGCUGUGCUGCGCGAGCUCGUGACCGCCAAUAAGAUCAGCGAUGGGAUCUUUGAACACACGCUCAUGUCAUUAGUAUGGGCAUUGCUGCGUAACUGGGAAUCGGACGCUCUGUAUGGAGUGUACGUGUGGAGCCGCCAGCUAAAAGGGCGGAAGUAUUCGUGGAUCCGGAUGGCAGCAGAAGAAGCUGCUGGUCAUCGUGAAACGGCGGCAAACGGAUUCCGAGCGAUUCUGAAUGACCCGGCAAGCGAUGGUAUGGACCGGUAUGUACGAGACUUUAUUGUUGACCAGACUAUCUUAUCGAUGUUGUUUACCGGUUGCUACCAAGAAUUAUACGAGUUUCUGCUAGCUGAAGAAGGACGAGGAGUACCGCGUGCCACGAUCCCGCUGAUAACGGUCACGGCCGAGCAAAUCUUGUCCAUUGUGCGUUACGAGGAAACUUUAGACCCGAAUGUCAUCGAUCUAAGCCAAUGGGAACUAGUGGAACUAGGUACCGACAUACCGAAUGAUUUCUCGUGCCACAAAACGAUCUGUGCCGUGGAGAACACCUUGUCCGGUAUUAUUCUAAAUUGCCAGCUUGACGAACGUGAACGGAUGCUGGAGGCGUGUACUGAGCUGGUCCAGUGUUACCUUCAGGAAUGUCUGUUGACCAAGUGCCGUGAGUAUUUGUUCCAGAUAACGAUCACGAAUCACAUUCUGCACAAGAUUGCGCGCCGUUGUAGUAGCAGUGGCGAAGGUUCGAUCGUAGGGAAGCCGUCAGAAACCACUAGUAACGACAGAGGGCUUAGAGGCCAUACAGAAGCGGGCGUAGACGACCUCGGAACACUAACUGUCGAAAAAUUCUAUGGCACAUUCACACUGAUGAGGUUGUUGUCAUGGUCCGAAUUUCUGGUGGCAAAUGCAGCACCGCAGGGACCUAAAGGAGUUGGGGUGUACCAACAGCAAAACAUCGAUCUGCGGCUGGACAUGGUAUCGAUGGGAAGAAAGGAGAGGAACUAUGCGCUUUGUCGACGCGAACUCGAGAAGUACUACCAUAAAGCGAACGUGGCACAGCGUCUGGGGCUUGAGAUACAUCGCCCCACUAUGGAAGAAAUAGCCAGUGGCCUAAUAGAGGUCGUUACGUCGAACAGCCAGCCAACGCUUCUGGAACUGUGGGAUGAGAACCUAUCUCGCGCUGUUUACGAACACUGUAAGUGGCUCUACUGUCAGUCGGGCAAGCGUUUCGAGGGAAUCGAAUUUGCCGCGUAUGCAGCCGCCGGUAUAUACAGAUUGAUAAUGGGCGGCCAGGCUUCGAAGGGGUUGGCAGAACGAGAAGCACGGUUUUUACUUAUGAUCGGUGGAUGGCUGACUAGUUCGACUGAUGAUAUCGCUGUGAAGAUACCGGCCGUGCAAGAGCUGGCUGCCAUGUUAACUCCAGUUGCAGCAAAACUACCUUUCAGCAAGCAACGGCGAAAAGCCUCCCUUUUCGGACCAUGCGAUCUGUUAGUGGGCUCACUACUACAAGAGGCCACACAGUGUUUUCCUGACCUAGCGAAAGUGUGGUUUCAGUUUGGUUCAUGGUUGUACCGGUGGGGCAAGCGAAUCGUUGAACUUGAUUGUAACGGUAGAUUCGAUGCAAGGCAAACUAUCAGUAUCGAGGAAGUGGAAGCAAUCCUGCUACCACGGGUUAGUUCAAUCGAUUGCGCGCUCAUUGUAGCUGUCCUGAAUGAGCACGAAGUAGCGGUAGGUGAAUGCGGCGGACUGAUAUCUGUUCAUAAACAAGAGGUUGAGCAGGAUCAGGAUGCGGAUGAGGAGUUCGAUUUGGAUCUGUCAUCGAUUGGUUCGGUCGGACUACUGCAGGUUCUCACCAAAGCGGUUCCUGCGCUGUGCAUCCUGCCGGCCAACUUACUGGACGCUCUCGUUGAUGUGUGGUGCCGCAACCAUCGGGCUGUGUACGGUUACUAUGAGGCGGCAGCCGAAGCCUACUUCCGGUUUUUGAUGCUUUCUUCAUCGACCACUAGCGCACCUGAUAGCCGUUGUAAAACAGCUAUCAAUGAGGACGACGCGGCCAUCGACAGUGAACGCGCUUCAUCGGUGACUGUCACGCUGCGCCUGUUGCGGCUAAUUGCGAAGCACGCGCUUGGUUUAAAAGAGGUGCUGGAGGAGGGCUUAGCGAUGACGCCUAGCGAACCGUGGCGUGUAAUUGCUCCGCAGCUCUUCUCUCGGCUCGCACAUCACGAACCGUACGUACGCAAACGCGUUUCGGAGUUGUUGUGCCGCGUGGCGAAGGAUGCGCCCCAUCUGAUCAUUUUUCCUGCUGUGGUUGGCUCGGUACGCGAAGACAAUCAGGUUGUCAGCCUGCUACUCGACGAUGUGGACGAACUAACGGGUGACCGACCACCGUCUGUCGCACCAACCGACACCGGCACGGGCUUUACCGGAAGUCUGGCCUUCUGUUUCAACGCGCUGCUCGACAUUCUCUCACGCGAAGUGCCAGAUACAGUGCGCCAAGUGCAAACGCUCGUCUACGAGUUACGGAGAAUCUCAUUACUAUGGGAGGAACUUUGGCUUGUAUCACUGGAGCAGAUCCAUGCCGAAUAUACUAAAAGAUUGGCCGCUUUUGAGUCCGAGUGCCAACGCUUGCGAGACGCCGGAAAGCUUGAAUCGCGCCGCCAAUUGCUUAUCGAGAAGCAACGUCUCUUGCUUCGUCCGCUUGUUUUUUUGCUCGAGCAACUACAUGCCAUUACGUCGCGCCCCGCAGAAACGAACCACGAACGCCACUUUCAGGAGCGCUAUCAACGAUACAUAAAGAACAUGAUCGAGAAAUUGAAGGAACCGGUAGCCGAUGUUGGACGACCUAUAGAGGGUUGGACUCGGUUUCGGUCCCUGUAUAGUCUCCUACAGCAGCGAAGUCAGCGACGGAACGCCUGUCACCUACGCCUUAUUGACGUCAGCCCGAAGCUGCAGCAGUUAUCCAAUACCGCAAUUGCGAUGCCUGGCAUCGGUCGCGAUGGGGGCGCAGUUGGCAAUGGCGGAUCGGGUACGGGAAUCGAGCAACCCAUAUUAAUCCGUUCGGUCGAUAGCAACAUUCAAAUUUUGCCAACGAAAACGCGGCCGAAGAAAAUGAUUUUUAAUGGGAACGAUGGACGUCGCUUUGGUUACCUCUCGAAAGGACUCGAAGACUUGCAUCUAGACGAACGCAUCAUGCAGUUCCUGUCGAUUGCCAAUCUAAUGAUGAAAAAGUCUAUCGAUUGCAACGGCAACGUGACACACUACCGUGCUGAGCACUACUCGGUAAUACCGCUCGGCCCUCGUUCUGGCUUGAUUACCUGGGUUGACGACACGGUGCCAAUCUACACGCUGUACAAACGGUGGCAGCAACGGGAAGCGCUUCAGAAGCGCGAGGCACGAGACGGUUACGAAGGACGGAAAGGCCGGGAAGGGCGAGACGGGCGCGUUGUACUACGACCAUCAGAGCUAUUCUACCAGAAGCUUACACCCCUACUCAAUGCCCACGGUUUGAAGGCAUCCGAUAGUCGCAAAGAGUGGCCGAUGGCUCUCUUAAAGCGGGUACUUGCGGAACUGCAACAGGAAACACCGCGUGACUUGCUAGCGAAGGAGCUCUGGUGCCACAGUGCGACCGCGUCCAGCUGGCGACAGGUUGUACGUUGCUACUCGCUGUCGGUGGCGGUAAUGAGUGUGAUCGGGUAUAUCAUCGGGCUAGGUGAUCGCCAUUUGGACAAUAUGCUAGUCAAGCUGGCCACCGGUGAGAUCGUGCAUAUCGAUUACAAUGUGUGCUUCGAAAAGGGUCAUACUCUGCGCGUCCCCGAGCGGGUUCCAUUUCGCAUGACGCAGAACUUAGAGGAAGCGCUCGGCAUCACCGGUAUCGAGGGAACGUUCCGGUUGGCCAGUGAGUACGUGCUGAAGUCCUUGAAGAGGGGUCGUGAAACGCUUCUCACACUACUUGAGGCGUUCGUUUAUGAUCCAUUGUUCGAUUGGGCGAUCACCGAAGAGGCAGGCGGUGGACCGAUGCCGACCGCCACCGAAAUCACCGUUUCAACCAUGUCAACGGCUCUGUCGUCUCGUGGCGACGGCCCAGCAACUCUAGCUGAAGGUGGCACCACAGGGUCCAAAUUUAUAGGAAGGGCGAAACGGCAGUUAGAGCGCGAGGUCACACGGGACACACUCGCCAUCCGAUUCGCCGAGUGCCGCGUCGACUGGCAGCAGAACCGGGAUGAAUUUUUGCAGCAGGUGACAAGCAUGCAGCACCUGCUGGAAGAGUUGGUCAGCGUGCGAGGAGAGCUUCGUGAAUCGGAUCAGAAACGCGUUCUCCUCUCCCAGCAAAUGCAGCUUGUAAGUGAGACUCAGUAUCUGGACGCUUUCGGCAGCCACCCAUUGGCGAGUCUUGCCCAGCGCUUGGCCAUGCGGGCAAAGGUGCAGGACGAGCGUUCCGCGUUACUGAACCAGAUGCAGGACGCAAUUGCCGAACAACAGCAGCACAUGGACAAUUACUACAAGUUCCGGCAGGCAUACGUCAAUGAUCGUCUAGCGUGGCUCCUGGCUACGCUGGAACCUUUCUAUCCUAACCAUGCCGAACACGGCUGGUCACCGCAGCUAGUAGCUUUUUUGGCAGAGAUGCGCCCUGAUGAAGAACGACCAACCAACAUGAUAACGUUCGAGGAAGGCUGCUAUGCCCGCUACUGCGAGGCACGAGCCCACGUAAACGAACUUAUGACUGACCCGGCAAUCGACUGCACCCGGGAACAACUGACAUACUACGGUAACCUCUCCAACGCGUUCGACCUGUACAUCCGGCCUAACGUGGCGUUGCUACCGGUGCACCCGGACAUUGCCUAUCGCAACUGGUACCAGCAGGUGCUUUCGAACACGAGUGAGGAGGUAGUGCAGGGCGUUUUGCGGGAACACAAGCGCUUGAUCGACGAGCGGCUGGAAACCGACGCAAAAGAGAACGUAGCGAAACUGGCGCGGCUCGGAUCAUUACUGGCCGAGGGAACAGCCGCCACAUUCACCGCUUGCACCGAUGAGAUGUGCCGCCAACUCGCUUGGGCGGCGGCCAUUCACCCGCCACUUUGCCACCCGGACCUCGUCACUAACUUUCAGCGGCACACCGUUCAGCAGGUUCGGACGCUCGAUCGCUUUCGCAUUACCAUCGAGCAACUCACCCGCCAUGCCAGCGCUGUCUUGCGGUUCGAACAGGUGCGCGAUGUGUUCAGCGAAGCCGUACGGAAAGUGGCUGCUAACUUCCACUGUCUGAUGGAGCGCCACCAAAAACUACAGUCAAAGGAGGUGGCGUGCGCAACGCUCGUGUCGCACACAGAAGAGGCGCUAGUCGAGCUUCUGGAUCCUGAAGGAGUGAUCGACCACACGUGGAUAAGCAACGUACGAGCCCUGGUCGAUGAAAUGAACGACCAACUUCUAACGAAAAUCGACAGGCUAACGCAAAGCGAAAACACGCUUCAAGACGCCCUCUACAUAGGAGGUCACAAGCUGCGUAACGUGGUGACGACACACGAGACCAUCGCCGGCGACAUCAGGUCUCUGCUGAAAACGCAGCUUCGGAUCAGUGAAUCACUAGCGCUGCGCGAGUAUUUGCAACGCUACAAGCGCCUCUUGGAGCUGCUCACUGAGGUGUGCUUUGUGACACUCAGCAAGGACUACACGGACGUCCUGGUCGAUCGCGUGAUGUUGAACAUGCACGAAAUACUGGUUCUUCUGCCUGUCGUGUUUGAGCAACUGUUUCAGUUUGAUUUGCCGGGUGACCGUGAGGGUGAAGCAGUCAAAGCCGUCAACGUUUUACCGCUAACAGCACCGUCCACAGCGGAGAGAAGCACAGGCGCAAGUUCAGGGGCAGUUCAAAAAGACGUACGGCGGCGGGAGCAGAAGCGUAAUACACACGCCGUUUCGGUGUGGCGCCGGAUCCGCAUGAAGCUUGAGGGCCUCGACCCUAACCCAAACAGGCGAUUCGGUGUUUCGGAGCAAGUUAACUGGAUGAUACAGCAGGCAAUGGACCCCAGCAACCUGGCUGUGCUGUAUGAAGGGUGGACACCGUGGGUUUAGUUAGAUGGGUUUUCAAUACAAGAUAUCUAGUUUUAUGGUCAUUUUAUAUUUCGGAUAAACACUUCGUUGUUCGGUUGUUUGAUAGUCGUGAUGGUGAAAAUUUAAUUUGGAAUAUAAUGUAAUAAUGCUAGGCAACCUGUGAAU